UUCUAUUAGAAAAAUAUUAAAUGCAGUGAUUUUAUUUUGUUACAUAUAUUUUCAAUAAUAUAUUCUAAUUUUUAUUUUUAAGAGAGAGUGAUAGCAAUGUCAUUUCCAUCAUCAGGAAAGAUGUCUCUAUAUAGAAAUCCAAUAAAGGAUGUGGCAAAAUUUCUAGAUACAAAACAUUAUGCUCAUUAUAAAGUUUAUAAUCUCUGCAGUGAAAGAACUUAUGAUGAUUCUUAUUUCCAUGGAUUUGUUGAGCGAUUUAUCAUAGAUGAUCAUAAUGUUCCUUCUUUAAAAGAUAUGGUUAGAUUUGUUGAAAAUGUUAAAGAUUGGCUGUCAAAAGAUAAAGAAAAUGUAAUUGCUGUUCACUGCAAAGGUGGAAAAGGAAGAACUGGUACAAUGAUCUGUGUAUGGCUUGUAGAAGCAGGACUCUUUGGAAGUGCUGAAGCAAGUCUGGACUAUUUUGGCAAUAGAAGAACAGAUUUAAGUGUUGGAAGUAAAUUUCAAGGUGUGGAAACUCCAAGUCAAAGUCGUUAUGUGGGAUAUUUCCAAAAAGUGAAAGAAAAAUAUGGAGGUAAACCACCUGAAGAAAUUCCUUUGAAACUCUCUGAAAUAAAAAUUUAUGCAAUGGCAGGUGUGGGACAAGGAAAUGGCUAUGAUUUUACUUGCGAGAUAUUUAUUGGAAGGAAGAAAGUAUUGGAUUGUGAUUUUGGUGCAAAUAAAAAUUGCCAGGCUACAUAUCAUAGUGAGCAGGAUGUUCUACAUAUUAUGAUACUUAAUUGUCCCAUACUUUUAGGAGAUAUAAAGCUAAGGUUUUCUACUACAUCUAAAAAUGUCCCUAGAGGCUAUGAAAAUUGUCCUUUUUACCUAUGGUUCCAUACAAGUUUCAUAGAAGAUGAUAGAUUAUUAAUUAAGAGGGAUCAAUUAGAUAAUCCUCAUAAACCAAAAACUUGGAAAACCUUUAGAGAAAAAUUUGCCAUUGAAUUAUUAUUCAACACACCCAGUGACCAUCAAGAUAUUCCAUUAAAUUAAUGUGAUAUUCAUCUCAUCCAGUUAUAUUUAAUGUCAUAUCACUAUUUUUUGAUGCUUUAAAAAAUGUAAGUGCAGUAUUCUGAGUACUUACUGUACAUCAUAUAUAUUAAAAAAA